AUGCAAAAGUCCUUUAUCGAGCGUAUAUUCCCACACCCUCCCACGAGUACCUACAAGCACUUUGCCGAUGACGAUUAUGGCAGUCCAGUACAUCCUCGUUCGUCAUCGUCACGAUCGCCGCGCCCGAUCGUCCUGCAGGAUUCCGUCGUCACGUCCUCCUCCUCGCACAGGCGCCGCGGCAGUAGUAAUGGUUCCUCCUCGUCCGUGUCCAAUUACGACCGUGUUGUUUCGCAGCAGACCUUGAGCUCGCCCUCCCUCGUACGACACAACGACCCCUUCCUCCCGGUGGAAAGAGCGGCUCGGAACCUCGAGCGGACACUCCAGGACCUUCUCGAUGCUCAGUCCGAAGGUCUCGCGGCGGCCGGGCUCGGUGGCGUCGGGGAAGGUAACGGUUACUCGUCGACUACUUCGGUCGGCAGUCCGACGCCGACUCCGUCUGUGGUUGUUACGUCGAUGACUGUGCCUCUGCACCAAGAACCGAGAACGAUACCAAUCAGGCAGCCAAAGAAGAAACGAGUGACGUUGAAGGACGCACGACGGGGACUCUCGCGGUCGCUGGCCCAAUUCGCGGCAUUGAAGGAGCACGAGUUGAAAAUCAUCGACGGCGAAGUAGUCGCGAGGGACGACGCUCUGAAACAGGCGUCGGACCUGGACAAUCGGAAACGCCUCUUGGAUGCUCAGGUCCAUCAAAUCCAGGAUCGAGCCGUCGCGGUCGAUCUACGUAGCGAAGCACAACAGGUCGAGCAGGAGAUCACGGAGUUGGAGACGAAGUUGCUCGAGCUCAGAAAUCGACACAGACGUCUCCUCGACCAAGUGCGUGAGCACGAGAGCUCCCACGAUUCGGAGCUGAGCUCGUACAUGGAAGCUUUGAAAUUGAACGAGAACAACACAAGGCACUUUUUGCGCCGGCCGCCCGUGUCGCAAGGGGUUGGGCGGGGCGGCGAUGAUGUGCAGGGGAUGUAUGCCUUCAAGCCGGAACGGCGGACGCUACAAAUGGCCCAGGACCAGUGGACGAACGAUUUGGAUCUGUUGAAUUCGAGAAGAGCCGGCGUUGAAAAGGAGAGGCAAGCGCUGGAUGAGGGUGGGAGAUUGUGGCACGACGUUGCACAUCGGAUUAGAGAGUUUGAAAAGGACGUCAGAGGCAGGACGAAAGGUAUGACGCAGUCGCGACUAGCGUUGGAUGUGAAGGACGAUGGUGAAGUAAGCGCUGUGCCGACUGAUGAUACCACAAUGGAGUCGGUUGUGGAAAAGAUGAAUGCUUUAGUCGACUUUCUCCAAGAAGCAUCGGCAAAGGCUGAGACCGAGGGCUGGAAAUUGUUGAUGUGUGCUAUUGGAGCGGAGCUCGCGGCGUUCCAGGAGGCAAGACACGCACUGGACGACAGCAGCCUGAGCUUGACUAAUGGCGACCUGGGAGGCAGGGCGAGGGGGAAGAAUGCCCGAGAUGCGUUCGUAGACGAGGACGAAGCACACCAGGACGACCCGCACCAGGAACUGCUGGGCGAGGUGGCGACCUCGGACGUCGUUGCGGAUGUGAAUGUCCAUGCAAAAACGCCUGGUUUUGAUAUCGAUACGCGAGACUCGACAAAAAGUCCAAGCGAAGAGAGCAAUCACAGCCUCGAAGCCACACUGCGCCAGUUUGGUCGCGGCGUGGGCAAAAAGGAGGGCCAAGACGGAGAGCACCAAACUGUUUCCAAUGCAGCUGAAAAUGCCAAUGGUCCCCUGUCUGCGGCGGAUGUGCUUGGGGGAAGUACUGGUAUUGGAGGCGAAGUCGGUGAUGAUGGUGGUGGUGGUGGUGGCGGCGGCGGCGACGGUGACGGUGGCGAUUAUACAGACUUUAAAUCGCAGACCGAUACAAAGGUGCGUGUACGAGGCCAUACAUCUGAGAGCGAGGAUGAGGACGAACCAGGGCCCGAGUUUCUACUGUCUCAUACAUGAAACUCCUGAAAAAUGUGUCGAGGUGGCAUGUUUCAUGUUUGUAGCGAUUGUAUUACUGCGCGUAGUGUUUUGGAGCGAUACGAAUUAGCUACCUAGCGAUCUGCGUCAUAUAUCACAAAUGAACCUGGCUGGGUCUAUAAUCAAAUCAAUUGAACCGACCUUUCAAGUUAUCAA